AAUUGCUCCCACCUGACAUGCGUGGAGAAAAGCAAUGAAAAGCAAGGAAGAAAAGUCAAAGUGAAGCUAAAAAAAAGAUAGUGCUGGUUCUCUGCAAUUUAAUAGUUCCUAUUCUAAUGGCCUAUUGCUACUGUCUGGCUCUGUGCGGCGGCUCUCCUCCCGGAGAGGAAGAAGCCUCUCCAUGACUCCCCAGGCCAUUUUAGCCCUCAACUUUUGGUCGCCAAUCCUCAAUAACGUCCAAUGGUUGAGCCCGUGUUUUGAUGGAGGACUCCAAAGUAAAUAUAGCCUGUGCCGUAUUUUCAAAUAGUUAUAAGGAACAAAGUGGCGUGCAUGCACAUAUUACGAACUGCACAUGAAUUCCACUCUGCACGCAUUACUCUAUACCGGAGAACACCAGGACAAGGGCAGGAAGUCUACAUCCCUCUCCUAGUCGUCAGCAAUCAAGCGGAUGAAAAUCCACUUUCUUACUUACUCUCCACCAAUUAGUACUGCCAUGGAUGACUUGAGAAGAGCACCCGCUGACAACAUCAAUGGAACAGAUGAUGAUGGGCGGCCAAAACGAACAGGAACAUUUUAUACCGCGAGUGCUCAUAUUAUCACUACCGUAAUUGGUUCAGGGGUGUUGUCAUUGCCGUGGGCGAUCUCUCAAUUAGGUUGGAUUGCAGGACCUAUGGCUCUGAUUAGCUUUUCUCUAAUCACAUUGUUUGCAUCAACUAUUCUGGCAGAUUUUUAUCGAUUCCCAGAUCCAGUAUCGGGCAGAAGAAACUAUACUUACAUGGAUGUUGUCAAAGUAAAUCUUGGCGGAAGAUCUAACAAACUCAGUGGAAUUGCUCAGUAUGGCAAUCUUGUUGGAUUUACUAUUGGUUACAUCAUCACAUCGGCCAACAGUAUGGUGGCUAUCAAAAGAUCAUAUUGCUUUCACAAGCAUGGUCAUUCUUUUGGUUGUCAUACGCCAAUUAAUCUCUUCAUCAUCAUUUUCGGGGUUAUACAAAUAUUUUUAAGUCAAAUUCCAAAUAUUCAAGAGUUGUCGAUGCUGUCCCUACUCACAACAGUGAUGUGUUGUUGCCAUGCUUCCAUUGGCCUCGGACUCUCAAUAGCUAAAGUUGCAGGACGACCACAUGUUAAGACUAGCUUGACCGGAGUGUUCAUUGAUGGAGAUAAGUCAAAUACCAACAACUUAUGGACCGCAUUUACAGCCCUUGGGAACUUAGCAUUUGCUUAUGGUUUUUCAGAAGUGCUUAUUGAAAUUCAGGACACUCUAGGGUCAUCCAAACGUGAGAAUAGAGUAAUGAAACAAGCUUCCCUGGCUGGAAUUUCUAUAUCCACCUUAUUUUAUAUGUCAUGUGGGUUGCUGGGAUAUGCAGCAUUUGGUGAUACAGCACCAGGCAAUAUAUUAGCUGGAUUUGGUUUCUUUGAGCCAUUUUGGCUCAUCGACCUCGCUAAUAUUUUUGUUGUGAUUCAUCUCACAGGAGCUUACCAGAUAUGUGGUCAACCAGUCUUUGGUUUUGUGGAAAGUUUUACAAGGCAUAGAUGGCCGAAUACCGUAUUGGUUAACCAUGAAUAUGCCAUUAAAAUGCCUGGUUACGGUGUUUAUAGAGCCACCCUCUUCCGGAUGAUUUGGAGAACGACGUAUGUCAUAAUAACCACGGUCAUAGCUAUGAUGUUUCCAUUUUUCAAUGAUAUCGUGGGACUAACUGGAGCUCUCUCAUUCUGGCCGCUGACAGUAUAUUUUCCUAUCAAGAUGCGUAUUAAAAGGAAAAAAAUACCCAUUUUCUCGUUCAAGUGGGUGUGGAUGCAAACUCUCAGUAUGUGCUGUCUGCUAACCUCAAUAGCAGCAGCGAUCGGAUCUGUUCAAGGUAUUGUCAAGUCCUUGCAAACUUUCAAGAUUUUCAAAUCAAUAGCCUGACGUGGUCACUAAAGUAUGAAUAUACUAAUCUAUUAUGGUGUAAAAAACAGAAGUAUAUAUGUCACUGCUGAAUUUGUUUCUUGUACUUGUGUCUCUUCAUAAUUUUGGUAUGCUUGUAUCUUUAGUGUUGUAAGCACUAUUACUAUAUAAAUACAUGAAAUAAUAAAAUUUGGUGAUGCACAAA